GAGAACUGGCAGCGCGCGCGUCUACACCGUCGCCUGUUAAUUGGAGAAAUUACGAGAGUCGCGGAGCGCAGGAGCUUUGACUGCGUCUCAACUAAACUCCUCCCGGUCACUGUCGGAGGACAUCAUGUGGCCAACACCAGCCUGACGCACACAGGGGACCGUAUAUAAGCGCUGCAGCUGUCAGGUGGAGGACACUGGCUGCUCCGCGCUUCAAGACAUUACAGCUCUACAUAGAUCCUUAAAAAUACAACAACAAAAAAAUGUCUCACAGCUGGGGAUACGGAGCCAGUAACGGACCGGCCAAGUGGGCUGACAAGUUCCCCAUCGCGAACGGACGCCGUCAGUCUCCCAUCAACAUCGUGCCAUCCGCAGCAUCCUACGACAAGGGGCUGAAGCCGCUCAAGCUGCAGUACGACCCCAAAACCUGCCUGGAGAUCCUMAACAACGGGCAUUCCUUCCAAGUGACCUUCGUAGACGACAACGACAGCUCAACUCUAAAAGGUGGACCAAUCUCAGGCACCUACAGGCUCAAACAGUUUCAUUUUCACUGGGGAUCUACUGAUGGAGCGGGUUCUGAACAUACUGUGGAUGGGAAGAAAUACCCCGCUGAGCUCCACCUGGUCCACUGGAACACCAAAUACGCAAGCUUCAGUGAAGCUGCCAACAAACCUGACGGCCUUGCUGUUGUCGGCGUCUUCCUGACUAUUGGUUCUGACAAUCCUAAUCUCCAGAAACUUAUUGAUGCGUUUAGUGCCAUAAGGACCAAAGGAAAGCAGACUUCUUUUGCUGACUUCAACCCUGCUACAUUGCUACCCAGUAGCCUUCACUACUGGACAUAUGAUGGCUCUCUGACCACACCCCCUCUGCUGGAGAGCGUCACCUGGAUAGUCUGCAAAGAGCCAAUCAGCAUCAGCUCUGCACAGAUGGCCAGAUUCCGYGACCUCCUGUUCUCGGGCGACGGCGAGGCCGAGUGCUGCAUGGCGGACAACUACCGCCCUCCUCAGCCGAUCAAGGGCCGCUCUGUCCGCGCUUCCUUCCAGCAGUGACACCCACCCCCCCCCCUCAUUUGACCUUUUGUAGCCCAGUUGCCCUGUCCUCCCCUUCCCUCCUACCCCACCCCCCACUCAGAAUAACCUCUUUUGCAGCAAACCGCGAAGCACACACACACGAGCGCGCGUCUCRUCCGCUUUUCAAACAAAACAGGAUCAUGUCGAAUUUAGAUUUGCACCUCUGGUGUGUAACGGCCAAGCAGUUGCGGGUCAUAAUUUAAUCGGACAACCGCUUUCACGGAGACUGCACUUUAACCAGUUACAGUAGAUGACUGUUAAUGGGGCGCUGGAUGAGCCGGAAGCACGAGCGGUAUAGUUUCUGUACACGGGGGAGGAUUAAACUAUUUUACCAUCUGUGAAGGGGGGUGUAAGGUGCCAACAGUGGACAAACAUGGACACACAGGACAUUCCUGAUGCCAGCCUGUCUGUAAUCUCUUGACUGACUGCCAGCCUCUGCACCACAGCAGCUUAAUGAAAUGCUGCCGCCUCCAUGGCAAGGGAUUGCCUCAGAAAAUCCCCACCCCUACCCUCCAUCACACAAACAACACACGUGCAGUCUCCCGCAGACAUGGUGCCCUCAGGCACUGACCUGCUUAUUGAUCCAACCGAUACAACAUGUAGAACAGUGAAUCUGGACAGAACACAUCAUGAUAGUGACUUUCAUUUCUGCUUUUACYGUCUAAUCUGCUUUGUUAUUAUUAUGGAUUGCCUUUAAAGCCUGGCUGAGUCUUAAGUGGUUAUUUAAUGAAACAAAAGCUUCCGUUCCUCUUUUUAUUCUGAGCAUAUUGCAGUAGAGUGUGAUUUUUUAAAAGAAUUUGUAUAUGAAAAAAAAGCAUUCAAUGCUAAAGCUUAAAUGCACAACAGGUCUACAAGCACCGCCAUAGUGGAUAAGGCACAGAGCCAUAAAUAAAAUAAAAUUACACUCUUUCAGAAGCCAAGCAAAAAAAAAAUAAAAAAACCCUGAUGGAUUCUGGUGUCCACCUGGUGUCCACCUGGUGUCCACCUGGUGUCCACCUGGUGUCUUCUGCAGGACAGUGAUUACCAAGAAGCUCUUAAGACAUCUGGGUGUUGCAUUUCUGACAAGAGAUGUUUCUCUGGAAAGAUUGUAAUUUUGAAAAAUAUAUGCAUAUAUGCAGUAUAAUAUAUUUUGAAAAAUGCCUUUUGCGAAGCAAUACUGGAUCUGUAAGAAUAUGUUGUCGUUCUAUUUUGUGUGUGGACAUUUACUGGUUAAAUAAACAUAUUUUAUGAUUAA